AUGCGCUCCGCGGCGGCGGCGCCGGCGGCGCGCGCGGCGCGCAUGGCGCCGCCGGGGCGGCAGGGCCUGCUGGAGGCCGCGGCGCGGGCCGCGGGCCGCGGCCGCCGGCCGAGGCCAGAGGCGGCCCUGGCGGGGCAGGUCGCCAGCCGCCAGGACCGCGGGGGGGAGCGCAGCGGGCUGCACCAGGAGGAGGCGCGUGCCUACGUCAAGUGGCGCGCGGACCACCCCACCUUCCAGCCCGAGAAGGUGCCAGAGGUCGUGAAGCGGGGCAACUCACUCCUCCGUCUCGCCGGCAGCAUCGAGAGGGCUGCCGAGUUGCUGAAGCACGCGCGGGAGGAGGCGCAAGGGCUCAGCCCUUGGCUCCCAGGACGUGAUCGCGAGGAGCGCCUGGCCGAUGAGGAGGCGCUCAUCAACUUCGCCGUCCUCCUAGCGCGGGUCGUCGGGAGGACCCAGGGGGCCAUCAAGCAGAAGCUCUUCGCGGUGCGCUACGCCCACCUGGUGGCCGGCUACUCGGACCCCCUGCUCCACAGAGGUACACCGAUCCGCAGGGCAGAGGUACAGCACUUCCUGACGGUCGCGGGGCUGGCCGCCGGCCUCUCCAGGGAAGAGAUCGGCAGCCAUUCCCUGAGGAUCGGCGGGGCAACUGCAAUGUGCCACGUGACCGAGGACCUCUCCCGAGUGCGCCGAUUCGGGCGCUGGCAGUCGGACGCGUUCCACGGCUACCUGUGGGAGUCGCACGAGCCGAUGAAGGGCAUCUCCGGCAAGAUGGCCAGGGGCAACUCCUCGUUGACCAACCCGGCGAAGGACAGCGCCCCCAGCAGAGCUGCCGCCGGCGCCGAGAGCGCCAGGCGGGGAGCCGGGAGAUCUGGAGGCCGCGGCGCAGACGGGGAUGCCAAGCGCCGGCCCGUGCCAAGCGCCAGCGACGACACCCUCGGGCCUCAGCCCGAGGUCGGGCUCCGCCGGCCAUCAAGGUACCGGCGCGAGCCCAAGGCCAGCGGCCCGUUGCCGCCGAUCGCGGGGCGGCGGCCGUGCACAACCAAUGUCACGGAGAUGGCUAUGGUGCUGCGCGGGGCUUGCCAGUGGCAUCGGCGGAUACGCCAGCUGCGGCCUAUGCCGUCCGCCGAAUUCGAGGACGAGGCCCUGCACUCUGGCGCCGCCUGGAGCUGCAGAGCGCACGGCGUCGGCAGCCUCGGCAGCGGACUCCCUGGACGCGCCAGCACUGGCGGUCGCCAAAUGUUCGCGGUGGUUGUGUGUGUUGGGGACUGUGCAGUCACCGUGGGCACCGGGGAGCGAGCAGUGGCCGCAGAGCUGGACGUCCACGCGCGGCUCACACAUGGUGGCAGUGGGUGCAAGGUGGGCGCGAUGCGGCGCGCAGGGCCCGCGGGGCCAGGUGUUGACGACUCCUGCUACUGCGCCGCCAUCCGGGCCUGUGGUCGCGGCGGCCGGCCGUUCGCGGCCCUGCGGCUGCUGAGGGAGAUGCGGCGCGACGGCCUGGCGCCCAGCGCGGCCAGCCUCAGCGCCGCCAUCAGCGCGUGCGCCGCCGCCGGGGACUGGGAGCGGUCGCUGGCGCUGCUGGCCGCCAUGCCGCGCGAGGGGGCCGUGCCCGACGUCGUGGCCUACAGCGCGGCGAUCUCCGCCUGCCGCCUCGGCAGGCAGCCGAGGUGGGCCGAGUGGCUGCUCGAGAAGAUGGACCAGGAGCUCGUGCCGCCCGACGUGGUGGCCUACAGCGCGGCCAUCUCCGCGUGCGCGGAGGGGCGGCGCUGGGCGCAGUCGCUGCGGCUCCUCGGCACGAUGCGCGGCGCGGGCGUGAGGUGGCGCCCAACGCCGUCAGCUACGGCGCCGCGAUCGUCGCCUGCUCGCGGGCCGACCGCUGGGAGCGGGCCCUGGAGGUCUGGGCCCAGCUCCGCCGCGGCAGCGCGGCUGCGCCCCGCCGCGCCGGCUACGGCGCUGUGCUGCUGGCCUGCGCGCGGGGCGGCAGGUGGCAGGAGUCCGUGUCGCUCCUGGAGGAGAUGUGGGACGCCAGCGCCCGCCCCGACGUGAUGAGCUACACCGCCGUGCUGAGCGCGUGCGAGAGGGCCAAGGAGUGGGAGUGGGCCGUGUGGCUCCUCCGGGACAUGCCGCGCCGGCGCGUGUGGCCGGACCUCAUCUGCGGCUCCAUCGCGAAGCGCGCGAAGCACGUGGGGCGCCUGGGCCGCAAGAGCCGG